GCUUCUAUGUGGUGGUGCUUCUAUGUGAUGGUGGUUCUAUGUGGUGGUGGUUCUGUCUGAAUUGAAUUGAAAUGAAUGUGUGCUUCCUGUGGACCUCACGACCCUCCCGGUUCUGCUCCUCAGGUGUUGCCUAUCUGGGAGCUUUCCAUCCCGCUCCCGGCGGUGCUGAUGAUCACUGUGGGUCUCUACAUGGUCGUCCUCGGGGUCGGACUGUGGAUCCGGUGCUGCCUGAAGGACCGAUGUCCUGCAGUGUGCGUGGACUGCUGUCCAAAAGUCUCCCUCGGCGAGCGCUGCUUCAGCUUCGCACAAACGUUUGACUGUCGCCUGCCGACGGUUCGCUCGUGUCGGGCCGGUUCGUGUCCUUCUCCUUCGUGUGCCGGAUGUGACUGUGCCUGCUCCUGUCAGCCCCCGGAGUGUGACUCCUGUAACUGCCUCUGCUUUGAGAUCCGCAUUAAGUAGAAUGUGUGCGUGUCUCUUCUUCACAAUCUGUUUAAUGCGUUUUCUUACAGAUUAUACUGUAUAUAUUGUGAUAUCUUGCUUUUAAAGGAAAAUGAAUGCAUUAAAUGACCAGGCAGCAUAUGUUUGUUGGUUUUUGUUUGGUCUGAUCCAGUAAAUAAAAAACCCUUUUGAAUCCAA